UUUAUGGCAAUUGACCUUAACGGAGCAGCACUGGGAGCGCGAAGUGGCUGAGCGAGCACCGAUUUUGCCUUUUCAACUUACCGGCCUUCUCAUUCUGUAUCUCCUCUGUCGUCUCAAUCACUUCUCUCGAUCACUUUUCGUUCUUUUCAUCCAUGGCUAUAUCUUUUGCGCCAAUUUCCAUUUCAGGUGGAUGCCAUCUUAAGCCGCGCGAGCUUUGGUUAACAAAUCCUAAUUCUCUUAGGGUUUCGCCUAAGCUUUCUGUUCAAAGGAAAUCCAACCUCGUGAAAAGUAACCGCAGCUCAACUAUUCGUGCAGAAUAUCGUGAUGGUGGAAGUGGAGGUGGGGAUUUCGUUGCUGGUUUUCUUUUGGGAGGUGCGAUUUUUGGAACACUAGCUUACAUCUUUGCUCCCCAGAUUAGAAGAUCUCUGCUGAAUGAAGAUGAAUACGGGUUUCGGAAGGCCAAAAGACCGAUAUACUAUGAUGAAGGUUUGGAGAGGACGAGGCAGACUUUGAAUGAAAAGAUAAGCCAACUAAAUUCUGCCAUUGAUAAUGUGUCUUCACGCUUGAGAGGUGGUGGCAAUAAUGUGCCUGCGACACCAGUAGAAAAUGAUCCUGAAGUGGAAGCUACCCUGUGAGGGCUAUUCUUAUUUGGUUCCUUUCUUUUAACUGGUAUCACCAACGCUUGAGUAGUGAUUAUAAAUAAUUGAUGACCAUAUCCCUGUUAAAAUUGGUUUUGCAACCUUAUUUUGCCACAUAGUUUUUCUUUUUGAAUGUCUGAUGUCAAAACACUUAGUGCUGGAUACAUAUGAUUAUUUUGCCAUAAUUAUUUUGUUGCAUGUUUGAUGACAAAAGACAUAGUGCUGGACUUGCAUAAAAGUUCAAUCCUCUGAAUCUAUUGAAUGGAAUUUAUAUCUCA